GUCUCUCUCUCGGACAUCCCAAACUCAAAGCAUAACUUUCACCUUCUGUCUUCAUCAUCUUCAACCCUUGUUCUUCUGUAAUCUUUGCAGAACAUUCAAGAAAAAAAUGGGUGAAGCAGUAGAGAUUAUGUACGGAAAUGGGUUCCCAGAGAUUCACAAAGACACGAAGACGAUGAACCAGAACCUCCUCUGCACCAAACAGCAAGACAUUUUCUGGUACGAAGAAACCAUUGACGAUGACCUCAAGUGGUGCUUUGCUCUCAACAGUGUUCUUCACAAGGGAACCAGUGAAUACCAAGACAUUGCUUUGUUGGACACCAAACGGUUUGGAAAGGUGCUUGUGAUUGAUGGGAAAAUGCAAAGUGCGGAGAGAGAUGAAUUUAUUUACCACGAGUGUUUGAUCCACCCUGCCCUACUCUGCCACCAAAACCCAAAGACAGUAUUCAUAAUGGGAGGUGGCGAGGGCUCCGCUGCGAGGGAAGCACUCAAACACAAGACCAUUGAGAAAGUGGUCAUGUGUGACAUUGAUCAGGAAGUGGUGGAUUUCUGCAGGAGAUUCCUCACCAUUAACAGCGAGGCCUUUUGCAGCAAGAAGCUUGAUCUCAUCAUUAAUGAUGCCAAGGCUGAGUUGGAGAAAAGGGAAGAGAAAUUCGAUAUAAUAGUGGGGGAUUUAGCCGACCCGGUAGAAGGUGGGCCCUGUUUUCAGCUCUAUACCAAAUCCUUCUAUGAGAAAACCCUCAAGACCAAGCUCAACUCCAAUGGCAUUUUCGUCACUCAGUCUGGACCGGCAGGAAUCUUCACCCACAAGGAGGUCUUCACAUCAAUCUACAACACCAUGAAGCAAGUCUUCAAGUAUGUGAAGGCGUAUACUGCUCAUGUGCCAUCUUUCGCGGAUACAUGGGGAUGGGUUAUGGCAUCGGAUGAACCGUUUUCGAUCGAUGUCGAGGAAAUUGAUAGGAGAAUCGAAGAGAGAGUUGAUGGAGAAUUGCUCUAUUUGAAUGGUGCCUCUUUGCUCUCUGCUGCCACUCUCAACAAGACCAUCUCUAUCGCGCUGGAGAAUGAGACCGACGUUUAUACCGAAGAUAAUCCGAUAUUUAUUCAUGGUCAUGGUGUGGCGUACCGGAAUACUUGAAGGGACUAAUGUACAGACGCAUUCUAAGUGAAGACAUUAAAAAUAUUAUUAGAGGAAAAAAAUGAAAGAAAUGAAAAAAAAAACCCUGAAGAAAUCCUCUCUCCCUUGUCUUUAUCAAGAUGAUAUGUUAUAUGUUGGCUUCACUUGUUUACUGCUUUAUUUUAUAAGAUUUUCUUUGUUUGCAUUUCAUAUCUAUUUUCUCCGGUUCAAUGUGUUUUGUUAUCAAA